AUGUUGGACGGCAGAGCUCACCAACCCCGAGUUGCUUGCUUGAAUACAUGCUUCAUAACUUGGAGCUGGCUCCAAACAUUCAUUGCCUGUCUACCAGAGGUAUCGACAGCCAACAAUAGCUUCAUUCAGCGCUGGCGCUGUGGCAUAUUUUCGACAAAUUUCAUCACGUCUGCUGGUCGCCAUCACCAUCCGCAGCCCUCAGGUCGUCACUAG